UAACAAUACUGACGCGGUGACGCCAACAAUAGACUAGACAAAGCAAAUUCAACUCGGCGUUCUUUUUUUUCUUCAUUUACCGCUACGUUGGUUAGUCAGUUCAACUGUUUCACUGUACUUUUAUUGUCAACGACGUUGCUUUACGUGCAAGUUUCUGUUAAAUACGAUCGUGCGCAAUUUGUAGAGUUACUUAAGGAUCAUGUCUGGAUAUAAUCCAUAUGGGUUACCACCCCAAUACCCUCCUCCCCAGAGCCAAUUAUACCCAGUGAUGGCUCCGCAACCUGGUCAACCAGCCACACAGCCAGCUCAACCAUACCCGUAUCAGCCAGGGUUUGCUUAUGCAUACCCUGGACAACCUGGGGCGGUGCCGUCUGCCCCUGGCAUUGCUCCGACUGCUCCGUACCCUGGACAGAUGGGAGGUGCUCCUGGCAUGGCUCCUGCACCAGCAGCUUUUUCAUACGCUGGCUAUGCUAAUGCUGCUCCACAGCAAGGAUACGGACCGGCCAUUGAAUGGAUUCCAUCGUCCACUACAGAGGCAGCCUCCCUCAGCGACAGGGCUGUUGUGGCGGGGUACGAGGGCCAUGAUGGCAGUCCUUUGUGGGUGAUCAGGGCACGGUUCGAAGGAGACCUGAUCCCGGGCAAGUUUGCUGCUAAGCACCGUGCGGCUUAUGUGCCUUGGGGAAGCAAGGAAAACUCUGUGGAACGUUUUGAGGUGUGCUGCGCUCGCCCGGAGAGGAUCCGCUGGAUCGAGGCCCGUGACGGCGCCGUGCCGCCCAACGCUGUGGUGGCCGGGAACUCGGCGGCCGGCGAGCCGCUCUACAUCGGCCGCGCCAAGCACGAGGGCUCGCUUACGCCCGGCAAGGUGCAUCCGUCGCACAAAAACAUGUACAUUUCGUUUGGCGGUCAAGAAAUACCCAAAAACACCUACGAGGUAUUGUGUACUAUUUAAAUAUUAUUUGGAAUACCGUAAAACCCUCCAACUUUAGUAAUACUAAUUAAGUUUAUAUUUUGAUCUGUCUCGAAUCUGACGUUUUCUCUUUUAUGUUUAAAAUAAUUGUGUUUAUUUGUCCGUGAUUGUUUCGCGGUAGAUUUAUUUUUGACUGUAUUCUAAGGAAAGCAUUUUUAAUAUUUUACUUUAUUAAGUAUUCAUAAUUUUAAUCUUUAUAAUUAUUGCCAACAUUUACUUAAGGAUGUAUCCUGAUGCACCCUGUAGGGUAGCUAUAAACUUUUCGGUCUCUUAAAACUACUCUACGCUGUAUUGCUAUAUUUAAUCUUAAGGGAUUUGUAUUUUUGAUAUUGAAAUAUUUGUCAUUUACAUACAUGUGGGCUUAUUGAAAUAAACAUUUUUCGUAUAUUUUA